GGGUACUCCAAUUGUCAGCGGGCCAUUUUGCUGUAAAUGACGUCAAUUUGGCGGUUUAUUCAAAAUGGCGCCUUUCAAUAAUCUAAAUAAAAUAAAUAAAUAUUUGGUAUGGUUGAUUUAUAUCCGCAAGCGUACGAAUUUCAGGAAAAAGCACGGGAAAAAACUCCUGAAAAGCAAGUCAUGGACUGAUGCAAGGAGUAAAUCUCUACUUUUUUUCAUGAAUGCGAUUUUGAUAGCUAUUAACAGUCGUCGAACGAGGGCAUUAUGGAUGAACCCACGAUCACUUGCUUGGUUUGAUAUGGUUGAUUCGGAUUUUGACGAUGACCUUUGGUAUACAAAUUUCAGAGUAACAAAAGAAACAUUCAAUUUUCUUUUAAAUGAAGUUAGGCAUAGCAUACUGCACAAAAAUACUUCCAUGCGAUUAGCAAUAACGGCGAAGAGACGACUUGCGCUUACGUUGUACUACCUUGCGUCCACAGCAGAAUAUAAAACAAUAGCAAACUUAUUUGGAGUUUCUCGAUCGUUUGUGUGCAUAUGCAUCAGAGACGUAAGUCGUGCUAUUACAAAACGAAUGUCAAAGUUUAUUACAUUUCCACGUGGACAAGACAUACAUCAAGUUAUUGAUGGAUACUACCGAAAAUGGGGUUUUCCUAUGUGUGCUGGGGCAAUAGACGGUACUCACAUCCCAAUAAUUGCACCCACUGAGAGCCAUGAAGAUUACGUGAAUAGAAAAGGUUUUCACAGUAUAAUCAUGCAAGCUUGUGUUGAUUGUAAUUAUUUGUUUCGUGAUGUUGUCAUUGGAUGGCCUGGUAGCGUUCAUGACGCACGGGUUUUCUCAAAUUCUGCUAUUUACAAGCAAGGCAACGAAGGUAAACUGUUCCCCCCUGAUCUUAAGAAAGAAAUAAACGGAGAAGAAUUAUCUGUCAUUUUGGCGGAUCCUGCGUACCCAUUGCUGCCGUGGCUCUUAAAGGUUAUCCUCUUAAAGGUGUUUUAA